AUGCAAUCAAGAGCACAAUUCUUUGGGAACAAUUAUUGGAAAAAAUUAAGAUAAGUACAAAUUGAAAGUAAAGAUGAAAAAAAAUUGAAUGAAACAGUAAUGUUAGAAGAAAAAUGUGAAUUUGAUUUAAAAUUCUAGCAUAAGAAAAGUGUAGUUUGUGCUAAAUUUUGUAAGUCUAAAGAACUUUUGGCUACGGCUUGUUUAGAUAAGAUUGUGAGAAUUUUUUCAAUUGAUGGAGAAUUAAAGCACCAAUUCUAAAACUUAUUAGACUCUGAUAAAACUCUUUCAUUUAGCUAAAAUGGGAAGUUUUUAGCUAGUGCAGGUUCUUAUGAUAAAAUAAUAAGAAUUUGGAAUAUAGAUAAUUAAGAACUAGAAUUCGAACUUAAAGGAAUUAAAAGUAAAAUUUAAAAAAUCACUUUCUUUAAUAAUAGAGAUGAUAGAUUAAUAUCUAUUACAUAAGAUAACAAUAUUUAGAUUUGGGAUAUUGAAUCAAAUACAAUUUUACAUACUAUAUCUUGCUAAGGAAAUGGUAUAACUUCAAUUUAAAUAUUUCGUGACGACUCUCGUUGCGUAAUAGGAUCUUCAGAUGGUAUGAUAAUGGAAUGGGAUUUAAAGAAAUUUUAAUUAUUAAAAUAAUGGAAGGGACAUCAAAAGGGUUGUUUUGCUUUGAAAUAUGCAAGUGAAGGACAUACUUUAAUUAGUAGUGGUGGAGAUAAAAAAAUAAAAUUUUGGAAUAUGGAUAAAUAUAAACUAUUUAAAUAAUUUAAUGGUCAUAAUGGUUCGAUAUAUGCUAUUGAAGUAGAAAAAGAUACUGUUAUCAGUUGUCAAUUUAAUUAAACAUUAAUAUGGAAUAUGAAAACCUUAAAAAUAAAUCAGCAGAUAUCAAGUACUUAAUUAGAUUAUUGUUUUGUCGAAAUGAUGAAAAAUUCAUUCGUUGUUGGAUAAAAUGGUGUUGGAAUCAAAGUAUUCAAUUUGUAAUGA